AUGGAGAGCCCUGGUGAGCGAGAGCCCCAGCCCACCCCACCGCCGGCGUCCCUCCGGCCGCCGCCGUCCACCCCGCCCCCGCCCUCCAUCCCCGCCACAGAUCCACCAUCCCUCACCCCGGCCGCAUCGUCUGAGCAAGUCCUGGAGGCCCUCCUUGGCGCAGGCGACGAGGAGCUUCUGGACUGGGGUGACGAGAGCCCUGUCCACAUUUACUCCCAAGCUUGUGCCGGAGAAGAUGCAGAGCACCCGAGGUCAGGCCCCAGCUCCCCUGCCCCAGCGAAGCUUGUGCCAAUUGAAGUCCCCGGUGGAUCUGCUCCUGCAGCUGGCGGAUCGGGCGGUUCCGCUACCGCUGCGGCGAUGGACAUCUCGAUCUGCUCGCCCCCUGACCUGAGGAAGCAAGGAGCUACGCGUGCUGAAGGUGCAGCGCUGGCCACCGCAGAAGGCUCUGGCAAGGCCAUGGCUUCCAGCUCCACGACGCCGGCCACCCAACCCGGGGAGAAUCUUUACUGCUCCCCCGAUUCAAGAUGGGAGAUGGGCGCACCCGCCGGAGUUAUUGCGGGGCAGGAGGAGCCAAUUUCACCAAAGUGGCAACACGCAAAGGUUGGACGACGGUCGCGUGCGCCGCCGGUACCGCAUCCGGACACCGCCGCAUCCAAGCCGGCGCCAAGAGGAUCUCCAUCCGCGGCAUUCGCUGCAUUUAAGAAGCGCUUCGCCGGAAGAAAACAUCCACAGCCGAAUAGCCUUUCCGCCGCUACGCCACCCCUCAACGACCAAUCCACCACCCACCAGCUCCACCUCACCGCACCCAGCCAAGGCCGCUACUGUUAUUACUUCGGCGCCACAGGAUGUGUGCUGCCCAAGUAUCCCGGAGGUUGCCUAUGCGCUGAGCCAACAGCUGCAUAUUCACCACCACAACAUCAUGGUGACCAGGCACAAGCCGGGGGUCUUCGUGGUGGAGUUCAGGCGGGCGUCAAAGUAUCACGCUGGGAUGGAGAACGCGGAGCCCAUGGACCGAGGCCGCCCCAUCAGCCGCUCUCCGAUAGGGGGCAGAGGAGGAGAGACUACCUUCCCCACGCAGCUGAGGAGUGGGAACGACGUCGCUCGCGGUCACCGAUGCGCCAAAAUACGACGGGUGAGCCAUCGGAGCUCCAUCAAGCUGGGUCGGUGAGUCAUGAUCCUUUAGCUGACCCCCACAGUACGACGACUACUCCGGCCAGUCACUUCUUGGGGCACCAUGAUCCGAUGAUGCUAGAGGCCAACUGUCGUGCGGUUUUGCCAUCGGCCAGCCCCUGUCCCUGCCCAGAUGACGGUGCGCCCCUUGGCGCCGCGGGCUGGGGUGUUAGCACGGACUCUGCCGUUGUCGACCUGGCUGUGAUGGCAAGUCCAGCGGCUGAAGAAAACAUUAUCAAUGAGGAUACUGAUUUGCAGGGAGCAGAGGACACUGAGGGCUGCACUGAGACAGAGGACAACGGUGACUGCGCCUCCUUCUGCAGGAAGAUGUUCAGGAAGGUUCCUGAGCCGUUGCUACCAAGGCCGGCCUCACCUCAAGUUGUUAAGAAGCAGGCCGAUCAGUCGAGUACCAGAAGACGCAGAAGGACACUAGCUCCCACCCGCUCCAGCUUGCGUCAGGCCACUCGCCCAUCCCCCGUGCCGGUGGCACAACGCGCACAACUCAAGCUUAUGCGCGAGCUAGACUUUAUCAAUGGCGAGCCGAGGGCGCCGGAUGCAGCAAUCACAGAGUACGUUGACAGUUUUGGACAUGACCUCCCAGAGAAGGCGAUCAAGGCACUACGGACUACAGCGAAGAUGGACAACAAGGAGCUCUGCAAGGCCCUAGCUGCAAUUGCAGCGGAGUUAGGGGGAGAUGAGAUAGUGGUUCCAUGA